UUCAAAUGUUUACCUUGAUCAAGGCUCACACUAGGAUGUAUUCGAUGACUACCGAAAGAAUCGAUGACCUCUUUCGUCCAUACUGUUACAUCCUACGUAUAUAUGAAGGUCUUGGCACACUGUUCGAGACCUUUGAAACUCAGCCACCUCGCUUUUACUCUAGGGCUCACCAUCGCAUAACGUAGGCAUGUCCCACCUCACUCCUCCUCCAAGCUCUGUCACGUCAGAUGAUAUGCAUGCAUCUGGUUCCCUUCCCCCCAUAGUCCAUUAUCUGUCACACUAUGUGGACCGUGCAAGAAGAAAAUUCAAGCCCUACGACAGGGAUGGUCCCACUAUGUGGGCCCUCCGUUUCGCUGAAAGUUACAUUACCCCAGGGAACACCGAUACGAUUCAGAGUGGCAAGGAUCAAUUACGUUCUGGCUUGAAACACCUGUCCAAUGAGGCCAUGGCUCAAGCCGUUCUCACGAAGGAAGCUGAUCGCGAGUGGAGACGCCUGAGUGCCAUGGCAACGGCUUGGCGAAUCGAGGCGUCUGAGCGACACACAAAGUUCCUUUACAUGGUUCUUGAGUGUGAGGCUGAUACAUAUGUUAGUGCCACUUCAGAACCUCUCGACACAUCAGUUCAAGCUCUUGUUGACUGCAGUAAGGAGGAGCUUCAAGACCGUGUAGACUUUGAUGUCGUCGCAUAUCAACGUGACGAGAUGUCAUUCGCUGUUGCGGACGAACAGUUCACCGACAUGGAGAGUUAUGCUCUCGAACAUUACCGGUCCAAAGAUGCUUGUGCAGAGGGUAGCAAGCAAGUGCUUGCCGCCGGUAGUUCAGAUGAAGUGACUCAAGGCAGUCCGGAGUCUGUGCAUGAAUCCACAGAGAACUCCUGAGUCCGACAACUGAUACGCUACAAACACUGCCAUUACGAAGAUAAUUGUAUUUUCUUGGUCCCCAUUUUGACUGACUUAAUAAUAUCCGCUGCCAGUCAAAGAUAAUUAUAGAAGCGCUAGUAUCACCAGUAGC